AUGGAUGUGGAGCUGCAAGCAACAUGCAGUGCUCUGGGGUACAUGGAGGAUAAAAAAUAUAUCAAGGAACCAGACUGUCUAGGUAAAUUAAAAUUAUGUUUUUACACUCCAAGCAGGGGUGCCACUUUUCCAGAUUAUCUCGGACUCGUGAGUCGUGAGGCUAAAUAUUUUUAAGCUCCAGAUUUGCGAGUUUUUAUUUUCUCUGGCUCCGCAUUCGCCAGGUCAAUUUAUUCAAAUACCAGUACGGAUUCUUGGUUUUUAAAAAAAAUCAGUUUUUAAGAACGUGAAAAGCCUAUGCAGUGAGAGCUGGUUCACUAUCAAUAGAACAGGUACUGCUACCUCUCGCUUUCGUUUGUAAUCAUUGCACAAGAAAUUAUUUCUACGGUGUAUGAAUUUUAUGAGUUUCAUUAAGUGUCAGGGUUUGAAAAAUUUGUAAAUGAAGUUUCAGGUUUCAAGAAAUUUUUAGAAAGGAAUUUCAGGGUUCACAACUUUCAUGUGUGGCACCCCUGACUCCAAGGAUGUUUUGACAGUUGAAAUCAAUGUUGUAAUUUAGAUCUGCUCAGAUGAACUAUGUCUGGUGUUGAAAGAAAAGUGUUGUAGUUUUAGAAGUUUUAGUAUAAGUUUUAUAGAAAGUUAUUGUAAUUGUUUACACUUUAAAACACAAUGAAAUAAGAUGUAUUACAAAUCAUUUUCAAAUGUUGUUGUUUUUUAUUGAAAAAUAAAUUUAUGAGAUAAUUAAAUAUAUAUGACUUUGAUAUAAAUUUGAUUUCUUUGGCUUUCUAUUCAAUCUUUAUUCCUUGUUCUUUUUAGAAACUGUCAAGGACUUAAUCCGCUUUCUGCGUCGUGACUCUGACAUAUGUGACAUACGUCGACAGCUUGGUCAUGCUAAAAUUGUUCAAAAAGAUAUCAUUCCCCUUGUUAAAUAUUACAACAAGGAUAAAACUCUGUUUGAGACAAUCACCAAGUAAGUUUUCUUUAAGAGCUGAAUAAUAUGACAGAGAGUUAAUUAAUCCCAAUAUAGUUACUGGCUGUCUAAAAUAGAGUGUUGAUGUUUGAGGAAUCCUCCAAAGAUCAAAGAAGGGAUUUCAUUCAUCCGAAACAUUGUGCCAAUUUUUUCAUAAAUGCCAAUGUUUAUUCUUUUGAAAAUUUUGAAAUUUCCAUGCUUCUUAUUCCUUAGGUUACUGUUUAACUUAAUUUCCAUUCCUCUUACUUUUUAGAUUACAGUUAACUUAAUAUCCAUUCCUCUUACGCUCUAGAUUACUAGUUAACUUAACUCAGCCAGUUAUCACAUGCUGGAACAAUGAACUCCCAGAUGAGAAAACAUUGAGGAACUAUUGUAUUGAAGUAGAAGGGUACCUGCAAGACUAUAAAGAGGUAAUAUUAAUUGACAGUCUAGAAUUCAAUAAUUAUGAAUUGUCGUUUUUAUAAGCCCCAAAGCUUUUAACAAGAUUCCACAUCACUGCGUUCCAUUUUAUUUACUUUUUUAAUGGCAUUCGUCAGUCAUAAUGUGAUGAUGGUGUAGACGAAAUUACAAGGCCUGGGAUUUUUCUUUGGGCCUAUAAGCUGGUUCCCUAGGCAGCAAAUGGCCUCUCUCUAUGCACCUGGAAAACCCCAGGGGAACACCGUAUACCGGUAUGGAUGCUACAGCUUGGCACCAGUAGCAUCACAGUUUUCUGAAUUUUUCAUUGUAUUGAUUUGUUUGUCAAUGCGACUCCUUCUACCGGUUUGAUUCAGAAUUUCCUUCUCUUAGAUGAGUUGCCAUCCAAGGUUAAAGGGUCCCAUCCACUCAGGGUGCUGGUGAUGUUUUUGCAUGACUUGGUCUUAAGUGGGUAUGAACCCCAGACACAAGCUUGGGAUUUUAUUUACAAAUAAAUUAUAUUUACCUCAUUUAUCCUUUAGUACUUGACUGGCAGUUUUAAGAAUAAUCAUUUGAAAAUUUUUUAAUUUUUUUUUUUGUUCCGUAUUAACUGCAUAUAAGAAAAAUUUAAGAUGAAUCUUCCCUUAUUGAAAUACUGUCUGGGUCAAAUUUUUAUUAAUAAGUAUUAACAUUAUAUUGUUGCUAUACUUAUUUCAGGCUUUUAUAGAUGAAGAUUUCUUUAAUGUUCUUUGUGAGAAAAUAAUGGACAUCCUUAAGAUGGUGAGUUAUAAUGUUUAAUUUAAGUACACAUUAAUCUGUAUCCAAAUAUCAUAGCAAGCUAGUCUUGCACAAAUUUCCUUUCAAAUUAUUUUUAAAGUCAAACGGACAAAUAUUUUUUUAUUAUAUGAAAAGAACAAUAAUUAUAAAUCCCAUUUCCUGUUCUACAUCAUCAUCAUGUCCCUUAGUCCUUGGACUGUUCGGGUGCCACAGAUAACAUGAAAACUAUCCUUCUCCAUUCCUUUCUGUUUUCUGCACUUUACACAGCAUCGCCUAGUUUUAGUCCCGUACACCCUUUGAUGUUAUCUUCCCAUCUUUUUCUCUUUCUUCCUCUUCUUCCCCCUCUUAUUGUUCUGUCCUGCAUGAUUUCUUUCGAGCCUUGAUUUCUUGACACGUUGCCAUACCAUUCUAGUUUGCGCAUUUUUACGGUUCCCAUGAGGUCAUCAUACUGUCCAAUUGCUUGCCGAAUUUUUUCUUUGACUUGUUCGAUAGAGAUAUGGUCUCUAUAGCAGAUUCCAAGAUUGCUUCUAAAACAUCUCAUCUCCAUCGCCUUUAUUUUUCUUUCAAGUUCUGUUUUAAUGUCCAGGACUCACAUGCAUACAAGAAAAUGGAGAGGACUAAUGAGCGCUGAUUUACAAGACUAUUGCUCCUAGGUACUUGAAGGUGCCAACCGUCUCUAAUCUUUCCUCCCCGACCCUAAUUUCAGUGGAGAUGGCGGUGAUGUUAUUCGUCAUCAAUUUUGCCUUUUCUGCACAGAUUUCCUGUUAUUUUUUUAACAUAAUAAAAUGAUUGAGGCUUUUGAUUAUUCUUGUAGAAUUGGGAUGAGAUGAGAGAAGAAGACAAGCUGCAGUUGGAGAGGUUGUUUGUGCUUAUACGUAACAUUCUUAUGAUACCUGCUGACCCAGCCAGGGAACAGGUCUGUACUCCAGUUGUCUUGAUUUGAUAAAGAUAUUUUACAUUCACCUUUUACUUACAGAAAUCUGUUUUUGAUUUAUGAAUUUAACAUAAUUGGUGUUGACUGUGUUUUGCAUUGCCUUAAACCAAGUUAAAUUUCUCCUCAAUUGAAAUAUUAUUAUUACAGUGACUGGCAGUCUGAAUGAAUAGAUUAAAUAAAUUUUGUAUCUACAGCGUACAGAAGAUGAUGCCAGUACUCAUGAUCAAAUUUUGUGGACUAUGCACACGAGUGGUGUAGAAGACCUGAUCUUGUUCAUUGCUAGUUCGGAACGGGAGAGAAAUAUGCUGUGCAUGCACAUCCUAGAAAUUAUCUCCCUUAUGUUCAAGGAGCAGGUAAGCACACCUAUUUUUGUCUUGAUCGUUUCACUCAAACGGCUUUGUCAUACUCAUUUUAUUGUGAGAAGAGCAAGUGUCUUUCAAGAAAUUCUUUAUCCCUUUUUCCUACAGGAGGCAGAGGCUCUUGCUUCAGCCGGGGUUCAGAGGUCAACAACUGAAAAGGAGAAAGAUCAGAAGUAAGAUAAAUGGAUUGUUUGUUUUUACUGUUCAUUCAUAAAGCAUUGUUGCCAUUAACAACCUUAAAAUCAUGUUCAAAAUUCUUUGGAAUGACAGCUUUAUUUUGUCUACAGAGAACUUGAACAGGCCAGGGAAAAAGAACGAGCCCAAAAGAAAGCCAACAUUCUCAAAUUCAGUGCCAGGUUAGGAAUUAAUUUAGUGUUUUUAACACUUUUGCUGAAGUUGUGUGCAUUAGGUGAUAGUUAUAUCAGACUUAAUGCAAAACACAAAUUAUUGUAGUUUUCCUACAGGGAAUAAAAAGUUAUUAAAUUCUUCGUAAGUGCACAAUUAAUAGCUUUUGUGGUUUUAGUUUUGUGAAUAUCCCAUACAUAGAAAGCAGGAUCAAAUUGUAGACUAUAGACAAAUAAAUGUUAUUUAAAAAAAUCCUGUUGAAGUUUUAAAUUUUUUCCCAGAUUAUAAAUGUGAUAUUCUUAUUGUGCCUAGGGUAUGACUUGUGUGUGUCUAAAAGUCUUAGUGUGCUGGGGUAUGACUUGUGCUUGUCUAAGUUUAAUGUGCCUAGGGUAUGAGUUGUGCUUUUCUAAAAGUCUUAAUGUGCCUAGGGUAUGACCUGUGCUUGUCUCACUCAAAGCAUCUGUUUAAAGUCAAAGAGAAUAAUUCCAAUUAACAUAAGUAGCGUAUUAAACAGCAAUAAUUUAACAUUUGUGUAUGUUGGCGCUCAUGGUGUUCAAGUGAGAACAGUUUUGCUAACUUGCAUGGAUAUGGACACAGAUGCCAUCCGUGUGUCUUUGUAUUUGUAGAUGGACACAGAUGCCAUCCGUGUGUCUUUGUAUUUGUAGAUGGACACAGAUGCCAUCCGUGUGUCUUUGUAUUUGUAGAUGGACACAGAUGCCAUCCGUGUGUCUUUGUAUUUGUAGAUGGACACAGAUGCCAUCCGUGUGUCUUUGUAUUUGUAGAUGGACACAGAUGCCAUCCGUGUGUCUUUGUAUUUGUAGAUGGACACAGAUGCCAUCCGUGUGUCUUUGUAUUUGUAGAUGGACACAGAUGCCAUCCGUGUGUCUUUGUAUUUGUAGAUGGACACAGAUGCCAUCCGUGUGUCUUUGUAUUUGUAGAUGGACACAGACACCAUCCGUGUGUCUUUGUAUUUGUAGAUGGACACAGAUGCCAUCCAUAUAACUUUGUAUUUGUAGAUGGACACAGAUGCCAUCCGUGUGUCUUUGUAUUUGUAGAUCCAGGAAAAAGAAUACUAUACUUUUUUUUUUCCCUUCAGAAUGUUUUGUGUUUUUAACACUACUACUUCUACUGCUGUACUGUUUUUCCCAUGAAAAGACAUUCCAGGUUUGGCGGCACUUACGUCAUCAAAAACAUGAAAUCCAUCAGUGAAAGUGAUGUCAUUUACCACAAGUCUAUAGCCGAGGCCAAGACCUUCUCCUACGAUGAAGGGAAAAAUCCCAAAAAGCAAUCUAAAAAUAGAAUGACCAUAAGGGGAGACGACAAUAAACGUAGGUCAACGUUGAGCAUGAGAUUGGUCCUCAAGGAGUUCUGUGUCCAGUUCCUGAUCAAUGCUUACAACCCAUUGAUGAGAGCUGUCAAGGUAAGUUCCCUUUCUUAUAAUUUUUUACUUUCAUUUCCUUAAUAUAGGCUUCUCUUCAAGUUAAAAACAGCUUUUUUAUUCAAUGUUGCGCUCUGAAUAUGUUGCAAAUGGUAACUGUUGCAAAUAUUUCUCAAUUUUUUUCCAAAUAUUAGGGAUCUUAAUUCAAUAUUUUUGGCAAGCAUUCAUAUUGUAUUACAUCAUCCUUAAAGCAUAUUUUUGCCAGCAAACAUUGUUUUUCUACGUUUUGAUCUUUUUUUUCCGGCAAGCAAACAUUCUUUUGUAAUAAAAAUUCAUGAUAACACAUUCUCCUGCUUUAAACCGUACCAACUUAUCUGUGUGAUUCCUCAUUAUUCAUUGACACCCCCAUUUAUCACAAGCUUAUUCUCCUGCUAUAAACCAUACCAACUUAUCUGUGUGAUUCCUCAUUCAUUGACGCCCCAAUUCACCACAGGAUGCUCUAUCCAGAAAGUCCACCCAAGACAAUGAUGAGACCUACUACCUGUGGGCAAUGAGGUACUUCAUGGAGUUCUGUAGGUUGCACUGCAAGCGGGUGGACCUUGUAGGGUAAGAAAUUCUGUCAAUGUCGUCACUAGAAUGUCUACCCAGUGAGAGAUUCCGUCCAUUUCAUCACUUUGUCCAUGUCAUCACUUUGUAUGUCUGCUCAGUGAGAGAUUCUGUCCAUAGCAUCACUUUGUAUGUCCUCCCAGUAAGAGAUUCUGUCAAUGUCGUCACUUGAAUGUCUACCAAGUGAGAGAUUCUGUCCAUGUCAUCACUUUGUAUUUCUGCCCAGUAAGAGAUUCUGUCCAUGUCAUCACUUUGUAUGUCUGCCAAGUACUUUGAGCCAGAUCACAUCUGUUUAGUGGGCGCUCCUGGGAUUGUGUGUGUGUUAACCUGUUUACCAGUGAUCAGUUAGUGACAUCACAUAGCUACAAGCUGUUUUGGUUGGUGAAGCUUCAAGCAUUUUCAUUAACUAUCAUGUUUAUUGAUGGUGACUAAAUUAUUUCAUGUAAAUAUCAGUUGAUAUUCCUCACAAAUUUGUAUGCUGAAGAAUCCAUCUUAAGAAACUCUUUUCUUACUUGGUUGUGAAUAGUAAAAAAUCAAAUGGGAAAAAAAUCAUAUUUAAAUAUAAAAAUCAAAUAGAAAAAGUCAAAUUGAAAAAUCAAAUGGAAAAAAACAAAAGUAAAAAAUCAUAUGUAAAAUUAAAAUGGGAAAAAUGAGAUGUGUCAGAAUUCCUCAAACACUGCUAUAUUUAUUUAUUCCAGAGAGACCAUGUCAAUGUCUGCCUUCCAUUAUAUCUACACCCAGUUGUGUACUUACUACGAGAACAUCAGGUUGAUCAAGGAGGUUGAGGUGGUCAAAACUUGGGGAAGGAGGUAACAGUCAAUUUAAUCAAUAGUUCAGACCUGUUUACUCUUACGAUUUUGGCGUACAAUUUGAGAUGUCUUUUACGAUUGUACACCGAGACCCAUCAGAACUAUGUUUUUAAGAGACCGGGUUAAAACUAUAUACACAUAACAGUAUUUUUUUCUGAUUAAAAUAUUUUAAUUUUUUUUAUUAAGAAGUACAUUUUUGGUUGUUAGUUUUAACUUGUAUUUGCAUUCUAGCUCCAGCAGUAAAUGGAUCGAGAAAUAGGAUUGGUUGGGGACCAUCUUUAAUUAUGUUACGUUUGCCCUAAGAGGAAAAUGGAGUGGUGUAGAUUUAGAUUUUUGUGUAAAAAGAGUGGGCGAGGGGUCUAAAUAUUUAAGUCUGAAAAUUAACACCGCCACAUAUUCAUAAUGAUAGGGGUGGGUGGAGGGUCUCUGCAGAAUGUACGUACAUUAUUCAAAAACUCAACAAUAUUCAUCCUGAAACUCUGAAAGUCCAAAAGUAGCAUAUUUAAUAAUAAUAAUAAAGUUCAUAAAAUUUAUAUCUCGAAUGCUGUAAAAAUAUCACGCUCUGUUUUGUAGGAAUUAUGGUCAUAAUGGUGCCAUGUAUUGGCACAAAUGAACUCGCUAGAGACACUCAGAAAGUACUAAGUAGUAGAGGUUUUUCAGUAAUUUUUAGCCCACCGUAUCUUUAACGUGCAUGUGACAUAUUUUGUUGGGUUAGGCCAGUGCUUCUAAAACUUUUGUUUCAAAGUCCCUAAGCCGAAUUCAGGUUUUCACCAGGCUCCCUGUGUUAAAUUCUGACAAAGAACACUUGGAAAUACCGAAUACAUAAACAAAAUAAAAUAAAGGGUUGGGUAAAAAUAAAUAUAACACGUGUGUAGGUCACUAAGCGCCAUCAAGCAAGGACUUAUUUCGCAUUGUGGGUCAGCUGACCGGUAAAAACAAGGCUACAUCUCUGCCAAAUAACAUUGCUGUAGAAGAGCUGCCAGACGCUCUAAAUGACUACUUUAUUACAAAAGUUUAGAGGAUCAGAGCGAAACUUGACAGUUGCAUCGAUACUGCUCCAGAAUUCUCACUAUUCAACGGCUCUUCUAUGGGUGAAUUUGUUGAGGUCAGUGAAUCGAAUGUGAGGAAAAUCCUCGCUGAUACCCCAAGAAAGUCAUGUUCGCUUGACCCUCUUCCAGCAGGGCUCUUGUAUGAAUGUCUGGAUGAAAUAGUCCCCAUCAUCACUUAUAUCAUAAAUCAGUCCUUAGCUACUGGUAUUGUUCCAUCAUCUUUUAAAGAGGCGAUCGUCACUCCACUAUUAAAGAAAUCAAAUCUUGACCCAAAUGUGAUGGAAAAUUAUCGCCCCAUCUCAAAUCUACCAUUUAUUUCUAAAAUCUUAGAAAAAGUCGUUCUCCUCCAACUCCAGGAUCACCUCACUCGGUUUGACUUGUUUGAACCAUUCCAGUCAGCAUACAGGGUGCAUCACUCUACUGAGACAGCCCUGUUGCGCGCCGUAAACGACCUUCUGUCAUCUUGUGAUGAGGGCCAGGUAUCGUUUUUGUCUUUACUCGAUUUAUCGGCAGCUUUCGAUACGCUCGACCACGGCAUACUGCUCCAGCGUCUGCAACAAACGUUUGGUCUCACUGAUACCGUCCUGUGUUGGUUCCGAUCGUAUCUGACUAAUCGGGUCCAGUCAGUUAUUUCAAACGGCUUGACCUCGAAGAAAUCUAAUCUCGAAUUCGGAGUACCCCAGGGCUCGGUCCUAGGCCCGAUGCUUUUCACGAUGUACAUUCAGCCCCUGGGUGCAGAGAUCAGGCAGUUUGACAUGUUGUAUCACAUGUUCGCGGACGAUACACAACUUCAUCAAUCCGUGAUCACUUCUCAGUUCCCUCAGCUGCUCAGUAUUACACAGAAGACAAUGGAGUCGGUUAAGCACUUGAUGACCAUUAACAAGCUCAAAUUAAAUGAUGAUAAGACUGAGCUGCUCCCCAUUGCGACCGCUCAGAAGCAGAAAUCUGCAAAUAACACGACAUCCAUUACUCUCUCAGGUGUGCGUAUUGAGUUAGCUCAAACAGUGCGGUACCUGGGUGUCUACCUAGAUAGAAGACUAACUUUUGAAAGUCAUAUUAACAUGCUAUGCAGGGCGAUUUUUCUGGAGCUGCGCAGGAUUAGUCAAAUCAGGCCCUUCCUAACAAUUGAUACAACAAAGAGGCUGAUGUCUGCAUUUGUGCUAUCACGCAUGGACUAUUGCAAUGCUCUCAUGGUGGGUCUUCCAGCUACGCUCCUGGAUAAAAUUCAAAUAGCACAGAAUAAUGCGGCUCGCAUUGUUCUCCGCAAACGCAAGUUCGACCAUGCAAAAACACUUCUGAGAGAGCUGCACUGGCUACCGGUGCGUGCUCGCAUGGAGUACAAAAUCGCAACGUUGUGCUACCGCUGCUUACAUGACCUGGCGCCGUCCUAUCUGAAAGAGCUGCUGACGCCUUAUGUACCCACUAGAGAGCUCCGCUCAUCCAACAGUGGCAAACUCUCGACACCACGUGUUUGCCUUGAGACUUACGGAAAGUGCACUUUCGCAUUUGCUGGUCCAACAAUUUGGAACGCCCUUCCUGUCGAUCUCAGAAACAACCAGACACUGGAGUCCUUUAAAACCAAUUUAAAGACACACCUAACACACCUAUUUCGCAAACACCUUCUGGGAUGAUUGUCAACCUUAUUUUCCAGUUAAUGCAUAAUGGCUGUGUUGCUUGAGGUUGAAAUGGCUAGAAAGACUUUGCCAUUGCAUGCUUGUAAUUAGUUUUUGUAGUGUUGCGUUUGUUUUAAAUGUGGUAAAUUAUAGAUUUGUAUUUUGUUGACUUUGUACCGCGCUUCGAGCCUUAGGGGAUGAAGCGUGUUUUUUAAAUGAACUUUAUUAUUAUUAUUAUUAUCUAGUAACUGCAAACAGUUGUUUCUCAAGUGGGUUUCUGUUUGCACCACGAUCCAAAGACGUCACAUUGGUGUAAAUUGGAAAAAAUAAUGAAAAUUUAGUUAAUAUUUCGCAAUGCUCCAGUGAGGAAGCCGCAGAUACCCAUAUAGAAAAAUGUGACACCCCCCCGGACGAUUUUUAGCGCCCCUUGUGUUCGUGAAGUAAAUGGGAUUUUGUAGUUUAAUUCACUAUUAAGGCCCUCUCUAUUGAUGAUUUUUGCGCCCCCUGAUUUUGGCCGCUGUUGCUCUAUGCCCCAUUCUCAUGGCCCUGUCCGAGGGCAACUAGUGCCCUGGGCGAUGUGGCUUAUAUUCUGGGAACCACUGGGUGCGCCAAACAGCCAGAAGUGAAAACGCGUGUCACAUUUUGUUUAUUGUAACAUAAUUAUAUAAAGAUUAUUGGAUUUUAUUUGGAUGAAGGGGGUCGGAAAGCUCAUUGUAACGUAUGCAAGGUUGGGGGGGGGUGGGGGGGGGUCGUAAAAAAAAAGUAUGCAUGCAACAGGGGAAGUGGGGUUUAGAAAAUUUGUUGUGCGUACUAUAUAGCUGGCCCCUCCUCGAUUUUGUUUUCUUCGGUGUUGUAUGACCUAAUUUUAUUAAUUAUUUCUUACAGCUGAACCGCGGCGAGAUCACAGAGAAAACUAGAGAAUGCACUCCCUACUGUUUCACGCAGCAAUAUUAGAUUUCCACAUAUUCUAUAGAAUAUGAGAAAGCCUUUAAAAUCUAUUUUUAGAACGCGCACAAAAGCUUUAUGAGUUUUUAUCUCUCCCCCCUCCCUUCACCCAUUUAAAGCUUUUGAUCCGACUUGAGUUUUAACCUCGUUAAUUUUCACCAGUAACUUUACCAGUUACCGACCUGGAUAAUUUGAUCUGCCUGUUCACUAAACAUUAAUUUAUAUCCAUAGCAGAUACACACCUGCAAAAAAAAGUGGCCGCAGAUUACAAUAUUAUAAACGUCAGUCAUUUACAUUUUACAUUUGAUGCCAGCUUAACUCGAUCCUACUAGGCACUGCCAUGCGAGUAUUUAUUGUAUACAUUUUUUGUACGAUGUGUUUAUUUAUAUUAAGGUGCUGUAUUGUACGAUUUUGUGACGAUAUUGUAUGAUUUUUUGAGUUCGGGGGUAAACAGGUCUGUUAAUUAAAGGAGGUAACAGUCAAUUUAAUCAAAAAUUUGAAAGAAAAAAAAUUUCAUGAACAAUGUUUUGUUAAAAAUAUUUAAAGCAACAAUGUUUAAAAGAAUAAGCAGAAGAGGAAGAAUAGAGAUAGUAGUGUGUCUGUCACCUUCACUUCAUGACAUAAUAAGAUGUCAAUCAUGUCCACUUCAUGACAUAGUAAGAUGCCGAUCAUGUCCACUUCAUGACAUAGUAGGAUGAUGGUUACCUCCAUUUCAUGACAUAGAAGCAAAUAUAUUAUGUUUUUCAAUGUAUUAUAUGUUUAUGAUAACUGAUAUUAUCAUAUUAAUUAUAAUUUUAAUUGUCAACAGCCAAAUUUGAAAUAGUUUAGGUAUCUAAAUUAUAGCCAUUUGAAAUUAAAAUACAAAUUAUUUCUCACAUUGAGUUCUCAAAUUUUCCAGAACCCAUGUUGCUUUGAAAGCAUACCAAGAACUCCUGCGUACUUUAGAUUUCAUGAGCAGAUCCCCAGAUGAACAGAUACGAGAAAGUGCCAAAGUUAUUCAGAGUAAGUGCUAACUUAACACACUCAAUGGUUUUGUAAAUUCAGCCCAGGUUGAAGCAAUUUGUUAAGGGGGUAUUGAAGUGAUCUCCCUUGACUGACACUUUCAUCAGCUUCAUGUUCUCCAAAGUUGUGUAAAUUCUAACGUGGUCUUUUCAAUCAUGUGCCCCCAAGCACUGGUGUGUCGCAAGAUUGCUUGGAACCACCUGGACAAUGCCGCCGUGGACUCAACGUCAAUCGAGAGAUUCAAGACUAUCCUGGCAUCCGGUGGGAGCCGUUAGGAUACCAGCAUCGCUUCCCCAACCGCUGCACAUCUGCCAGUACAUGGAUUCAGCAACGUACCCUACCAGAACAAAAUAUUCCUUAAACUUUCCUUUUUUUUAAAAAUAAUUUCUGGAAAUAUAAUUGCUGAGCCGUCAGGUGCCUAUAAUGUUUAGCCAUGUCGCUUGCUAUCUUGCUAUGUUUUUUCUACCAAAACCAAUCCUUGACACAGAGCAUACGUUUGACUAGAGAAAUCAUGCUGUUACACUAUGGAGACACUAUGGAGUAUACACUAUGGAGACACUAUGGAGUAUACACUAUGGAGACACUAUGGAGUAUACACUAUGGAGACACUAUGGAGUAUACACUAUGGAGACGCUAUGGAGUAUAAGUUUUGAGACCUGUUAACUCUUAUGAUUUUGGCAUACAGUGUAUGAUUUUGAGAUGUCUUUUACGAUUGUACGCUGAGUCCCAUCAGAACUACAAUUUUAAGAGAUCGGUUUGAAAAUAUAUACCUUCUGUUAACUUUUUUCCCCAUUAAAAAAAUGAUAAUUAAAAGUACAAUUUUGGUUAUUACUUUCAAUUUUCAUUCUAUAUCCAGCAGUGAAUAUUUACCUUCAGUUCCCUUUUUGACACCUGCACAUGCAACUAGUUGUUGUAUACAUUAUAUAUGCUGUAUUGUUAUUUAUUUAUAUAUUAUUAAGAUACUAUAUUGUACGAUUUUGAUUCGAUACUCUACGAUUUUAGGAGUUUGGGGUGUAAACAGGUCUGGGUUUGAAGAGAAAUCAUGCGAUUACUCUAUGCCUGUAUCAUCAUAUUCUUUUGUAGCUUCUCUAACACCUUUGAACUUUAUUAGAACAUUAUAAAAAUGAAGUCAUGAUUUAUUUUAACAUGUCUUUCCCCCACCUAUAGGUAACGUCUUUUACAUGAUGGAGUACCGUGACAUCUUUGUAACACUUUUGAAAAAUUUCAAGGAAUCCAAGUGUUCUAGGUAAGUGUGACAUGUGAUUUGUUUGUUUUCUAUCUUCACGGGUAAGAUCCAGUUUUUUUAUUUAUCUAUGGCCCUAAUCUAUUUGUAUUUUUUUUAUACUGUUCAACUAUGUCACAAAUAAGAUUGCUCUUUAAAUACUUUUUCUAAAAAUAUUUGCUCCUUCAACAUGGGCAAAUUUAAUUGUUGCUCAAACUGAGAUUUCUGCUAGCUGAAAUAGCAUUUCUAUUUUCAUUACUUUCAUGAUUUGGUUCAAUUUCAUGAAUUAGUUUAUGCUAAGGGACACAGCAUUUGGGUUUGAACUGCCGAUUCCAGAACCUCUUCUAGUCUAUUAAUUUCCAUACCUUAGGUUCCACCUACGAGACCUUGUAGAACCAGCCAGAGAACUCUUCUGUUAAUUUUCUUCACGUAUGUCCUACCAUCGAAACCUGGUAGAAUCAGCUUGACAUCUCUAUUAGUCUAUUGAUUCUUUUCACACAGGUCCUACCUACGAGACCUUAUAGAAUCACCUCGACAUCUCUAUUAGUUUAUUGAUUUCCUUUCACACAGGUCCUACCUACGAGACCUUGUGGAAUCAACUCAUGUAUUUCUCAAGAUGCUAGAAAAUUUCAGCAAGUCAAGCAAGUUGGUUGUGCAGAAGAAAAAGAAGAAGAAGUCGAAGAAGCCAAGCAGAACAAG